UGGUGUCGUUACUCCAGUUUAGAAUUUUCCUUUUUUACACGAGGAUCACGUGGGAGAUUCGUCUCCUACAAAGCCGUGUUUGGAACCGGCUUCUCCUUCCACACAGCAACUGCACUGGUAGUCCCACUUGAACUUGAACAUGGCCAUGGCUUCCCCUCACUUUGUUCUGUUCCCUUUCAUGGCUCAGGGCCACAUGAUCCCCAUGAUCGACCUGGCCAAGCUUCUGGCUCGCCGUGGAGCCAUAAUCAGCUUCAUCACCACUCCCCGUAAUGCUGCCCGCAAUUACUCUGUUCUUGCCCGAGCGAUCAAUUCCGGGUUACGAAUCCACGUCCAUCAACUGGACUUUCCAUCCAACCAAGUUGGCCUUCCCGAAGGUUGCGAGAAUCUUGACUUGCUGCCUUCAUAUGAUGAUCAUUUGACAUCCAAAUUCUUCCAAGCAACUUUUCUCCUCCGCGAGCCGUGGGAAAAACUGGUGGAGCAACUCAUCCCCCGCCCCACCUGCAUAAUCACCGACACCGGCUUCCCCUGGACCUUACCACUUUCCCUCAGACUUCACAUCCCAAGGCUCGUUUACUACACCCACAGCUGCCUCUAUCUUCUCAUUAUGCGGAGUAUACAAAGCAGGCAACCCCUUUUAGCAUCCAUCUCUGACGACUCUGAAUACGUAACUUUGUCGGACCUGCCCCAUGCAGUCCAAACUAGAGGUGAUACCGGCGGUUUGUCACAGAAGGGAGGGAAGGAGGAGAAUCUGGACGUUCCAGAUCUGAAACGUAGAUGGAGGCUUCAGCGGCGGGCAAUGACGGCGACCGUAGGUAGUGACGACGACGACAGCAAAACGACAACUAAUGUUGGUGGUUGGCGACGGCACGCUUGGCCAGGGAAGAAUAAGGUUGCUGGAGAAAGAAAUGGAAGAUGA